AUGUCCAGCUCUACUGUGACAAUUGUCCUGAUUGUGGGCGCAUUGACAGUGCUUUAUGUCUGCACAAGCAAAAAGAGCCAGGAUGCGACCGCGAAGCCCCUCCUCAAGCUUCCUCUCAUUGGAGAUCUCCACAGCUCUCCCAUCGAAAAACCACUCGUAAACUGGAGUGCCUGGUCAAAAGAACAUGGACCUAUCACUGUUCCCAGGCUUUUUGGAAUCGUUCCUAUCGUGGUGCUCAACUCGUAUGAAGCGGUCACUGAACUCUUCAGCAAACGCAGUCAAUGGUACAGCAACCGCCCUGCCUCUGUGAGCAUGGAGAUGAUUACUGGCGCCGGACCAGGACGCUCCAGGUUUACCCUGAUGCACGAUUAUGACGACCAUCUCAAGCUGCACCAUCGCAUUCUCUCACCCAGUUUGGGUGCUCCCGCCGCAUUGAACUACCAGCCGCUUAUGGAACUUGAAGCCAAGCAACUGCUCUUCGACCUCAUCAGCGCUCUCAGGGAAUCGGACGAUGCCUCGACAAUCAGUACGAAGAUUGUUUACCCACUGCUCGAGCGUACCCAGUCCAGCGUCAUUCUUGCCCUCCAUUAUGGUUUGCGCAUUCCCAAGUUCGAAGAGCCGAUACUCCACGAGGUUAUCGACACACAAGCCAAGGUCACUCACCUCGCCGCCAACCCACAGCUCCCUGAUCUGAUGCCAUUACUCCGACAUCUGCCAGCAUUUGUCUCUCCAUGGCAGCGUUACGCAGACAAGCUUUUCGCUACGCAAGUCGAUCUAUACAUGCGCCUCUUUCACCACGGUAGAGAUGCCCCGGGCUGGAAUGCAACAAAGCAAGCCAUCGCGACCGCACCAAAACACGCCCCUGCGGACUCUCCAGUUGCGGAUCUUGACCUUGCCUUCACCCUCGCGACAUCGAUUCAAGGGGGUAUGGAGACCUCUCCCAGGCAGAUCCUCUGGCUCUUCAUCGCAGCAAUACAGAAUCCCGACUUCGUGACGCGUGCUCAUAAAGUGUUGGACGACGUCGUUGGCCGCAACCGUUUACCCCAGUUCUCCGAUCGUAGCAAUCUCACAUACAUAGAUGCUGUCGCGCAUGAACUUUUCCGCUGGCGCCCGAUAUCUCCAGGCUCCAUUCCACGGCGUGCAGACCACGCCGAUGAAUUUGCCGGAGUCAAGAUUGCGAAAGGAGUCACCGUUAUGGCGAAUGCAUGGGCAAUCGGCCGCGACGAGAAAGUUUUCGAUCCUUCCCUCGGUGAUGCGCAGGAUUUUGUUCCUGAACGCUGGUUGCGCGGUGGAAAAGUCCGCAGCGACCUGCCUCUUCCGGUGUUUGGUCAGGGUCGACGAAUUUGCCAGGGAAAGCGCGUUGCCAUGGACGGCACCUUUAUGAACAUUGCGCAUAUUCUUUGGGCGUUUGACGUUGAAGCCUUAGAAGGUGAAGAGGUUGAUCCGUGGGCUAUGGUUGUUACCGGGUUCAUGACUGAGCCGAGGCCUUUGAAAUUCUGUCUCAGGCCUAGAGGCCAAUGGGCAAUCGAUGUAAUAAAGAGAGAGUGGGAUAAUACCGAGACGAGUUUGGAGAGCGUUAUGGGUGUUGGAAAUGACGUAGAGAAGUAG